AUGCACGAGGUGGCCGCGGCAACAGCCGCCCUUGUUAAGUUGGCCAAGUCAAACGCCAUGCUCCUCGACCAGGAAGCUGCUAGUUUUAUGUCAGCUGUAGCGGCUGUCGAUGCUGGGGAUAUUGGCUCCAAGUCGAUCCCUCAACAACACGUAGCUGAAUGGCGUGUUGCUAGUAAGGCUCUGCACACCGGACAGGCUAGACUAAUUAGGUCUGCCACGGUAGCUGGAAUGGCUGCGAGCAAUCUUGUCACAUGUGCCAAGGUCGUUGCCUGCACUAUGCACCAGCCCGCCUCAAUGCAUCAACUUAAGCAAUCUGCUAGACAAGUAGGGAUUGCUGUCCAUGGCCUUACUGAGUCUGUGACUUGCUUGGCAAAUGAUUUUGCAGAUUGCGGAGACCAAGAGUUCUCGGUGCGUCGCUUCCAAAUGGCGGAAGAGUUGACAAAUUCUGGCAUCAAAGUACAUGAAUGCUUGGAUAGGUUGCUGGAACGUCUCGAAGAGGGCUCCCUACAGGCCCGUCAGAACCCAGCAGUCAUCAGCUUGCUUCAGUCAGCCGAACAGCUGCCAACUCAUCUUGGUGACGGAGCAGCCCUUUUGGCACAGGCCGACACCCUUUAUCGAGCUGCUGGCAGCUUAGCCGAAGAUCUUUGCAAACUAGAAGUGGCGCUUGCAUGCGGACUUACUCGCGAGGCCUCGUUAAAUAGAGCGCGUUCCAUAACUGAAGCCAGACAGCUAUUGAACAGGGUGUCACAGGUAAACUUUUCCUAA